AUGUGGAUGGCUCCAAGCUCUGACGUUUCACCCUCAGCUGACAGUAAGCACUCAGCUGAGUGCUCAUCCACAAGUAAAUUCGUCAGGCACUCGGCAUCAGUAGUUUCUGAUGAAUCAAUCUUCUACAUAAGCAGCAGUGCUGAGAUUACAAAGAACGCACAAGAGUCAACCAGCAACACUAUGCAAACAGAGGAUGUUGACAUAAUUAAGGACAAAUGUUGCAUUAAGAAUGGCACAGUACGCCUGAAAAAACUGGCUUUGUCUCAACUGAAUUAUGAACAACUUAAAGAGUUCACACAACAGAAUGAGUCUCAUUGGACUUUUAAUGAGGGAUCUGCUGAUCCUAAUGCAGAGAUUGAAAAUGACCACACAUAUUACAUCAACACACCAAAACAUCUCGUGAAUGUGCUUGGACCAGCUAUCUCGUUCUCAACCCCAGUGAGGGCGAGUGCACUCAACCUCUCCUCAGUUUUGGCCGACAUGACGCCAAGUUCAAACACCUGGAGCAGACUUAAAGCCGCCCUCUCUAUUCACCGCAAAGGCAUGGUGCUAUUAACGCCAAGGACUGUGGCAGCGUCCGGCUCUCCUGGAAGGGAAGCUCUAGCAGAUCUCAGCAGGGAUCUCUUCGCCCCGCCCUUCCGGACCCCGCUCCCCAAACACCUGCAGUCACAGCUGCAUAGAAACGAUUCUCUGACUGUGUGUGAGGACCUUUCGGAUGCAGAGAAAGUGUAUGCAGAGUGUGGUCAGCCACGUGCCCUUCCCUGGGAGGAGUGUAUUCUCCCUCACCGGAUGAAAAAGUGUGUAAAGAUAGGAGAAGGGACCUUUGGUGAAGUCUUCUCCACAACCAAUGCCUCAGGAGACACUGUUGCUCUCAAAGUAUGUGGGGUUUUUUUCCACAUAAUGUUGUGGAGUAGCGCUGACAUACUUUUGGUAACGGCUGGUAUUAACAGCGAUUCUUGUCGUGCCAGAUCAUUCCCAGUAGAGGGCAGUGAGAAGGUGAAUGGAGAGGAUCAGAAGACAUUUGGAGAGAUCCUGCAUGAGAUUAUUAUCUCAAAGGAACUGAGCAGCCUGAAGGAGAAGCAACACAACCAGACUCACAGCUUCAUUGGACUCAAUGACCUCCACUGUGUCCAAGGCUGCUACCCUCUAGAUUUCCUAGAUGCUUGGGACAGAUUCAACCAAUGGAAAGGUUCUGAGAAUGACAGGCCAGAUUUUUUUCAAAAGGAUCAAAUAUUCCUAAUCCUGGAGUUUGAGUUUGGAGGCAUCGAUCUGGAGAACAGCAAUGGAAAGCUGGCAUCCUUGGGUGUGGCGAAGAGCAUCCUCCAUCAGGUUACUGCUGCCCUAGCUGUUGCUGAGCAGGAGCUGCACUUUGAGCACAGGACUUGUGAUGGAAGAUGGGUUUGCAGUUGCCCAAAACAAGGCACGGGGCUACCAGGUGGCCAUGACGAGGCACUGUUCCAAAGAUGGCCAUGGUCCAGUGUGAGCCUACCAGGAUGGGACACACUGUAGGACACAGGUCUGGACUGCAUCCCAUCCAUGAAGGCCAAAAUGCUGGACUGAAUGGGUUUGGACUGCCAGAAUGAUCUGAAGGAGGCUCAGAGAAAGGUCCUGGAGAGCCCCUUCGUGG